AUGUCUGAUGACGAAGACUACUACGAUGAAUACGACGAAGACAUCUUUUGGAUUGAGGAACCGGACCCCGAGAUCGCUGAUGACCUCGCCGCAACCGCAGUCUAUGAUGCUCUCUUCUUCGAGGAUCCCUCACUCGAGGUAGAAGAAUACUUUAGCGACUGGGACGACCAAUCCGACGAUUACUACGACGAAGACCCAACCGCCGUACGACGCCAGCGAGCAAUGGGCCUCUGGCCAAACAAAUACAACAUCAAAGAAAUAAACGACAUUCUCACCGCGAAAAAGAAUCCUUCCGUCCACAACGGACCCAUCCCCAAAAAGAUCCUCCCCAAGACAGACGUGGCAUCGUUCCAGGGCACGGUAUGGAAGACACUUCACGACGACAGUCCACCCCGUAAACUGUACGAACCUGGCGACGGCGAAAAAGUGGCCCUCCUGAAGAAUUGGCGCGAGGUGUUCCGGUCGUCCCAUCCUGCGAUUGGGCGGGUGCGAAUGCGGAAAGUCGGCUCCGAGAUGGCCCCGCCUCGGGCGCCAGUGGUCUCUAAGAGGGCGGAUACCAGUUCUGAUGAUACGUCCACAGCGUCGUCGUUGGAGAGCCUUCGCGAGACUGAUGUUGGGUCUGAUGGUUUCUCGAAAACUACCACUCCGGCUGAGUCAUCGCUCUCUCCGCCAUCGACGGUGCAUUCGCAUAGGGUGAUCAAGUCAGCUUCUGAUCUGCCAGUUAAUUCUAAAAUGCUUGAGCAUGAGUUCCCUAUCGAAGCGCCUGAGUCAUAUGGUGAUCCAAUGGGAAUGGAGUCGGAGUCAUCUGAUCUGCAAUCUGCGACAAUGCAAGAGCAGGAGUCUAGCCCAAAGAAGCCUAAUUCUGUAACCGCACCAUCUACCCGGACAAGGAAACGUAAGGUGUCCGAUGCAUUCGAUCAGCCUGACGCAGACAAAAGCCAAACCACCACCAGAUCGAAGAGAAUCGCAUCGAAGAAAGUGGGUGAAACCGCGGACACUCCAGCGGCAUCGGGUCCUGUACGGAGGUCUACCAGAAACAAGGCUAAGCAAUAG